AUGGAUCGACGUGCGGUUAUUAAAGCUGUGUCAGUGGUGCGCUGCGCUGUGGCAACGGACUAUGCGUUCGGAGCCGAAGACUUGGAACUGAUGGACCACGUCUACGCUUGCAUUCUCAACACGUCGCACUAUGAUGAAAGCGUCAUUGAGGUGUGCUGGGAGUGGAUUGACGCGUUGGAGCGCCAACCCCGGCUUAAGGACGCCCGCGUCGUGUCCAGUUCCCAACUGAGCAUCUACUACGCAUAUCAUAUGAUUUCACGAGUACAGGAACGCAUGCCACGUCGUGCAAACCAUUCCCAGUUACGCGCAGAUGCUUGGCGGAGAGUAAAGCGAAGCUUCGACUACCUUUGGUCUGCGGCUGUGCAGUUGUGGAAGCCUUUUGAACUGGAUAGGCUUGACAUUCUUUGUAGCUGGUCUUAUUUGGCACUCCAAUUUUCGGAUACCGUAGAUGACGAUACAAUGGAACUUAUAGAGACUGCGAAAUGUCAAGCGGCUCAUGUGCUGGCGACGUCUAUUGUUGUAGAGAACACUCAUCAAGCCAAUCAGAGGAUUGCCACUGUUGAAAGGAAUCUGAAGGAGACGAAAGCGCUAGCCGAAAAGAUUGGAAAGAAAGUAAGUCUGUUCAAGUUUGCUUAA